GUUAAUUUCCGUAUAUCGGAGGAUAUCCUUAACAUACAACACAGCUGAGUUUAUAUAUACCAUAUACGGAAACUGCAAACAGAACUCAUAUUUCAAUUUUUUUUUUUAAAAGGGGAAAAAAAAGGAAGAAAGGUCCAUGAAAAAGGGUUUGGGGGAGAAACACGAUGAACUGAUGCAGAAACCAAAGGAUGAAACACGAUGAAGAGAUGGAUAAACACAGGAGGCAUCAGUUAUGUUUAAAUCUCAACUACGUACUAGGGGUUCUGGCAGCUGUUUGUGUUGUAUUCAUAAUCUUCCUAGUGACAUGGAAAUACCGCAAGAGAAAACUGAAGUGUGGCAGCGUCCUCUGCUGUAGCGUCAAGUACGAGGUCCACGAACUGCCGUCAAAGACGUCACGAGACAAUCCUGUGUAUGGGCACCAAAACACAGAGAGCGUGGCUGUUGAGGAGGUUAGCGCUGGAUGCGAGAUCUACCAAAGUCAGGAGGAAAUACUCAAUUAUGAUCAAAAGAGAAUACUGGGGCUUUGUAGCGUCCACAAAAGCACGCAGACGAUAUCUGGCACGUGGAUUUACGAGAACUAUCUUCACCACCAAACGCUGGAUGGCCUGAUUCGUCGGAGAAAUAGGAACGGAUAUAAUACCUGUAAAUUGCCCAUGAGGUGCGGGAAGAGUGUCAAUAUGGACUACGAUUAUGCCUUGAAUCAUGGAUCAAAUCGCUCAAAUGACAGACUGCGAAGCUCAGUCCGUCGUAGCAGACGACACAGAACGGUUCAGCAGGCGCCCAAAUUACCACGUGAUGCGCCGCCGCCUUGUGGUCGAGAGAGAAUGGCCAGUCCUAGCGUGGAUAUAAACGAUCCAAUCCAUUACAUUGACCCAAACCAAUGUAACUCUUGUCUUCCGGGAGAGGACGCUCUCAGCCCAGAGUCCGUGCCAUCUAGUGACGUCAGCAGCGAUAGUGACGACAGCGGGGAAUCCGACAACAGGGAUUCACACAAAAUUGCUAUUGACAGCAUUUUACUGGAGUAUGUUGACACUCUGAAGAGGAACCAUGGCAUGUACAUUCAGAAAUACAAAACAAAGAACAAAAAUACUAACAAAAGAACAUCUUCCUGGGACAAUUCCACAGGGCAGAGGAAGAAACCCAACACGGGAGUUCUCAAACUGCUGGAGAUGAAGACGACAAAAGUCUGUCAGACCUUCUCAGUUCCUGUCAACAUUGAGCCUGUGUCUCUACAUCCUUGUCACUUCAGUACACCCCCAAUUCAUCACCGGAAACCCCCCAACUGUCAUCGGUUACCCCCCAGACAACAGAGGCCACCACCCCUAUCUCACACCGCCACAACCCCCCGGCCCUGUCGAGGAGAAGAGGACUACCUCAAAAUUCUGUCAUGACAUCAUUGGGGAUUUUGGAACUAUGAAGGAACCAUGAAGUUCUGUCAUCAAAUAUCAUAAACAU